AUGCCAAGCAAUAUUCCGAACGUUAACAUUUGUUGCCAGUCGACAAUAAUUCGCCAAAGAGAGGUAAACCCAUGCCCGAAUGGCUGGUCACCGAAUGAUGGCGUAAUUACGUACUGCACGCCAUCAUUUCAAAGCUCGUCAUGUCCAGGAUUUUCAUCCUGCCUGCGUUCGUCCAGCGUCGAGCAACAAUUCCUUUGCUGCGCACCGGGUCAGUGA